AUCUUGUCUUCUAUUCGUGCAUUUGUUUUAUGAUACCCGUGGAAAUCCAUACCUUUUCAUUCAUCCAUUCACAUUCGCAUUGACUUCUGUAGCAAUGGCAGAUUCCGACCAACAACCAUACAGGCAAGAAUCCAUUGCCGCAAAUUCCUACGACACCGCACUCUGCAUCAUCCCGCCUCAGCAUUGGUGUGAGGAAAUAGACAAGCUCAGGUCCUUGUACGAUAGAGCAUUCGAAAAGUGGCCUCCACAUGUCAACCUCAUAUAUCCUUUUGUUUCACCCGAGCGCCUCCUGGAAGCAAAAGAGAGGAUUGAAUCGCACCUCCACGGGAAUAUUGACUGGGCUGGCGCACGCACGGUAGCAUUGGGUGGAGCAGGGCUAUUCAAGCACCGCAAGGAUAUCACAGUUUUCCUUGGAACCAAGGACACCAACGAAGAAAGUGUCCUGCGAUCGAUCCGGUCCGCGGCGCUGCACGCGCUCGGAGCGAAAGUCAGCUCAUCUGUCUUUCAUCUCACCGUCGGGCAGGCACAGGACAACUCUGUUUCGGCUUGUCAAUUUCUUUUGGACAAAGUAAACCGAAUGCCAGCUUUUGAAUUCGAUGUUGGAUCUCUAGCAAUUCUUGUCCGAGAAAAGGGCACCGGCCGAGGAGCAGAUACGGCCAGCCAAAUGCGAUUAUGGGGCACCAUUGAUCUUCCAGGCUCGACUCAGGCAGCACCGACUCCCAUGACAGAAUUUUGGCAUCCGGAAUCCGAUUCGACGAACGAAACGUCUUCUGAUAAGGACAUCGUCGGUGAAAUUCCAACCUCCAACGACCGCCGAGUACAACCGGGGACUACAUAUGUAUUCGACCAGAAAGCCCAGACCUGGACACCUUCCACGUCUUCAGCGGAAGUUAAGAAACCAGAGUCGUUGUCUGUGUCCACCUAUAACGUUUUAAUUGAUUCUGAAUAUCCUCCGGCACGCGACAGAGACCCGCUUUUAGUAGACAUCAUUCUCGAGGAGUCCGCGCUUGCUGAUGUUCUUGUCUUACAAGAGGUUUCUGACGAAUUUCUAUCACAUGUUCUUGGGGUGCAAGAAGUUCGUGAGGCGUUCCCAUACACUUCCCAUGGACCGCCCACCCAGCCGGACAUCGGUCCACUGCCCAGCCUUCGGAACAUCGUCAUGCUCAGCAAAUGGCAUUUCAGCUGGGACUUUGUGCCCUUCCAAAGACGCCACAAGGGCGCAAUCGUGGCCUGUUUCCCUUCUAUACUCACAAACGAGCCUUUGGAUGCAACAUCGUUAGUGGUUGCCGGGGUGCAUUUGACCGCUGGGUUGACGGACGGCUCAGUCGCAGCGAAGAAGGUUCAGCUACAGAACGUGACAAACCAUCUGAAACGGAACUACCCUUUCAACCCUUGGAUCGUCGCGGGCGAUUUCAAUGUGCCAACAUCUCGUCGCACGAUUGACGAAGCUGUGAAGGAGAAGUCAAUUUCCUUGGAGACCUCUCGCAUUCUGGAUUUGACCGAAUCGAGCAUGAGCGAAAUAGGUCUCUUGGAUGCAUGGACGGUUGCAAGAGUGGAGGGUGUUGAUGAGACGGCGGCACUGGAUGCAGAUGGUCUUUUUGAAGGCGAAGAGGGUGCUACAUUCGACCCGCAGGCAAACCCUCUUGCUGCUUACAUAUCUGGUACUGCGGAAAACCGACCUCAACGUUACGAUCGGAUUUUCAUACGCCCCCAAGACAAAUUCAUCCUAACGAGAUUCAAUCAGUUCGGUCGGCCUGCAUUCGCCGAUGGCACUACAUCCAUUGCAAGCGACCAUUAUGGAAUUCGUGGCUGCUUCCAAGUUAUUGCCGAUGCGGUACAUCCCAGUCUGGAUGAUCGAGAACUAAUCCAGAAACGUAUCGUGUACCACAAACACACGCCUCCCGAACUGUCUAGCACUACUAAAUUGACCGGGACUCUCUCCAAACGCGCGAUAUUUCCCACUCACGAAGACGAAGAGCGCUACAAGCAGGCUUUUGGUCUCAUUAAGGAAAUACUCCUCGGAAAUUCGGAUGAUUCUUCAAACAUGCCCGAAAUACCUAUGGUAAUUGUUCCGGUGGGGUCUUACGCACUCAACGUGUGGACACCGGAGUCCGACAUUGACUGUCUCUGCAUCGGAUCCAUCAGCUCGAAGACCUUCUUCCAGUUGGCUCGUCAACGUAUACUAAAGGCAGAUGGUAAGGGUGUACGUUUGCUACGAAAGGUGGAGGCGAACACUGGCACGAUGUUGGAGUUGUUGAUCAAUGGAGUGAGCAUGGAUCUGCAGUACUGUCCAGCCGCAAACAUCGUCCACAGGUGGUCUGAUUUUGCCAAUCUGUCCGCUACCGACCCGAUAUUCAAUCUUCCCAUCCUAUCGCUUCGCAAGCUGAAACCCAUCCGCGACCUCACUUAUAUUCAGCGCACCAUCCCAUCGAUGGCCUCGUUCCGACUGGCCUACCAUUUCAUCAGGCGAUGGGCGGUCGAGCGAGGUAUCUAUUCUGCUAAGUUCGGCUACUUCGGUGGCAUCCAUCUUAUUCUGAUGUUAUCUUGGGUGUGCAAGCGUCUGGCUCACGACUCCGGAUCCGUGAGUGCUGGCGACCUAAUCCUCUCGUUCUUCCAUCAUUACGCAAACUUCGAUUGGCAGAAUGACAUGGUGUAUGAUGCUUUCUUCCAUAAGAGGAAGCCGCGUUAUCAGCGCAGCGCACGAGAGGCGAUGGUUAUUCUGGGUUUCCAUGCGCCGAACUCGAAUAUCGCGCACACGGCUACCGUACCCGGAAUGCAGGUGCUGGUUAGUGAACUUCAGCAGGCAGACGAUCGCCUGUCAAGGCCUGGUGUGACUUGGGAGACGUUCUUCGAGGUCGAUAUCAUAGGACCGGAGCCUGUCGUAGGAGGCUUCCUCAGUUCUUUUGACAGCUACGUUAAGAUUGACAUCCAAUACUGGGGCCGUGCAUUGUCAAGGGGCAAAGGCUUGGUUGGAUGGGUCGAGUCGCGGUGCAUCAAUCUCGUUGUAGACCUCCACAAGGCAUUGCCUCAAUUAUCGUCGCGUAUCUGGCCUGCGCGCUUUGCCGGCAAAGAGGCGAAUGCCUCGGAGACGUAUUACCACGGUUGUUACCUCAUUGGCCUAUCCCGGAGCAAGGACGACACGCUCAAUCGGCAGGAAGAACGCGCUGAAGGGAAGGCCGCUUUGCAAAAGGUCUUCGAUCGCUUCCUUACUCUUGUCCGCGCGGAUGACAAGUAUUACGACGAGAGCUCAGCCUGGAUCGGUGUUUCCCUCGCCAAGCCAGCUGAAGUCAAAGAUCUCCAACUUGAUCGACGAGAGUGGGGUGACUACAUGCCCGACAUGGAGCCCGACUCGGACGAUGAAGAGGAGUUCGACGAAAAUGAGGAUGACUUCGCACCUCAGACUGCGCGCAAGCUACCAUUACGUCCUGCGCCUUCCGCAACCAGUACACCCGUCUCACCAAACAAACUCCGACCCGCCUCCGACAUUCUGAACCGUCUUCGCUGGGACUCAAACCUUGAUCCUAGCGACUACAUUGUAGGCUACGAAGAUCGCUUUCUGGGUGCCAAGGAGACAACGCUGGAGAAGUGGAAGACGGAGCAGACGGACGAGGAGUUCAUACCUCAACACCGGAUCUUGUACUUUAAGAAGAAGAGUGACGAUGGUGGUGAGGUCGUAUGGGAGCGUGCCACGCGGAUCGAUAAGAUCUUUGGCAGUGGUUUGGGCAGUGGAGAGUGAAGUGCCCCACUGGCUCCAGUAGAAUCAAUAUAUCGAGUAAUGACCCUGUGG